UCUCAACAAUCUGCCCUCACAAAGCAUGGCUGCGGGGGAAACAAUGACAUUCUCAGAAUCCGAGUUAUUAACACUGCAUGUCAGUAUGCUGUGUGUAAAAGCUGUGUUCGGUAAGCUGCAUCUUCCAUGAUACUGCAGAUUUAUAUUCUGUUAUUUGUAUUUAUAUCGGGGCUAGGUAAUAUGUCUUCUUCCUGAUAUGCCAUUCAUAUCUUCAUAAUGACACCAAUAUAGCAUGUUUUAUAAAAGAGGUAUUGUGGAGCUGCAGAGACAUCCUGGCUCACAUCCAGAUACCUAUCUUUUUGGCAGAGAUCCUCUUCAAUCAAAUUCAUCUUUUAAAAAUGUUUUACUUCUAUAUUGGCAACAUCAGUCAAAAAUGUUCGCAGUUGGGUAUCUUUUCCAAUUUGUGCAGCCCUGCAUCUCCAAAUGAUAUCCCCUCAAAAUAUGUCUCAUCAGACUAUCUUAAAAAAUGUAUUUUGUAUGUGCUAUUGAUUCUAAUUGUGUAUCAACAUAUGAUGUAAUCACAAUACAAUCCUAUUUAGGAUGAAAAGGAUGAUAUGGAAUUAUCACCCAGCUCUAUCAUACAUACAAAAACAUAUAGCAUGGACUAAUGUUCUGCGCCUGAGAAUAAACCGCCUCAGCUAGUUUGCUAAACAAAUAAAACAGAUACAUUACAUUUACAGUCUAACACCAGACCAUUUAUGACUUUAUGAAUGAUUUCCAAUUUAAAAUCUGUUUCAUCUGAAAUGAUCCUAUUCAUGAUUUAGAGUUCUAACAUAUUGAUUUCCCAAAUAGAAAAAAAAGACUGUCCAAAGGAGGAUUUGAUGAAAGGGCACCUAACCUCGGCUAACAAUCACAAGGAUGAAUCAUAUUCCUCUAAAAAAAGAACCUACCUUGGAGCAGAAUCAGCGUCUCUGAGUCAGCGUUCACCUCAGGGUGCAAAGUGUUGUUCCUGAGUCACAAAGAACUUCUUAUAAACAUUACAUGUGUCUAUCGCACACCCUACCCAAUGUGUCUGCAUGAGUAACGGUGCGUUCACGGGCGAGGGUUCUUAUAAAGCACCCUUAGAGGAAGUGGGAAUGGUCGAUGUUUUUCUUUCUUCCCAUUUCUGCACACUUAUUGAAUCCUGAAUAUACUCUAACUCCGCCUUUUGCAUACUGAUAUCAGGCUGAGCAUAUCCUGCUGUAGUUUGUACUAUUUAAAAUGAUAUCUAUUUAACUCCUUACAAUAAAUAUGUAUCAACCUCUGCUUCAGUUUGUCCUCUUGCGACAUGAAGUGAAAUGGCAGAUGUUUUAUUCUCUAAAUGCAACCUACGCUGUAAAAGGAAACCACAGAAGUUCUGUUUCUACGUAAAAAGAAACAGGUGUGCGAUUGAGGUUAAGUUAAAACCAGAAGAGAAAGUUAUAUUUAAUACGAUACAAAUGAUCCGGAAACGGAAAGGUCGACAGUUGCUGCUUCCUGUUUUCUGAUAAGUCCCAUCACACACUCUGAGUUAUCUCAGUUUGAGGACUUUAUUUGAGGCUUUUAUGUUGAAUAACUGCAUUUUAGAGCUACUCGCUUGACUCCUGUGUCUGCAGGCAAAAGCAGAAAUGUGACUUUGUGCUGUGUUAGGUAACCACAACUCUUCAUUUCCUCCUUGAAACCAUUACUCCUCCUCAGCUAAGUAAAUGCUGUUGCUUUCGUAAACAUGAUUGUGCCUUUCGGUGAUAUUUAAUUUCCCCACUUUUUCCCCUCCUUUUGUUUGAAUCAUCGAUCCUUUAAAUCAGUUAUCUGGUACAGUAAUGGAGACUCUCCAGCUUUAGAUAUUCAUGUGUCGGGAUUUUUCCAAAGUGACAGUUCCUUGUCUGCAUGUACGCCUCGCUUCAGUUCAGACUCUUGUAUUCAGACGUCUUCUGCCUUCAGCAGGGAAGACAUCAUUAGAGGCACAUGAAACACGAGAGAGCGUGUUUUAUUAUUAAUCAGGUGAGGAAACCUAGACAUAAGCAAACAUCAUAUCACUUCUGGUGUUUGUAACAGUAUCCAAGUGGUUCACAUAAUGUAUUAUUUUGAUAUAGAUUCUUCUAUUUUCUCUUCUUAUUUCAUCUUUCAUAAAGACACAAGCAUUUUAAGAGCUUCACCUCUCAGCAUCUUCUGAUCUUUAUCACAUUUGAAUUAGAACCCAGGAAUGUGAACACUUUAACAUCUUCUUUUAUGCUGUGUUGUUUAUUAAAGAAGCAUUCACUGCCUCAAGAGGUGCAGCUACAGUUAGUCAGACUGCUGGUUGUUGUUAUUUUGCCCACUGAGUCCCGUAUGACUCAGGAUAUCUGACACAGGCCGGCUGCGCAGUAGUAAUGGCAGCACAAAGUGUAGGGUUACCGACCUGUUGUCACAGCGAUGUCGCUGAGCAACACCCCAAAACAUUAAAGACUACCAGAAACUCUGACCUGCUUUUGUGUCACCAGAGAGCAGCCAUUUCAGCACCCUGGACAGCAACAGUGAAGAGCUCCAGUGAAGUUGUGUUUCCUCUGAGACAUAUUGUCUGGCUUUAAGGAGGCUGAAUAUGGAUAGAUGCUUCACCAACUCUAAGGAACCUAAGGACACGUCUGCGACCCUGACAUACUUUGUUUAGAGGGAUGUUCAAGAAGAUUAACAAUGUGUUUCGUCCCAACCAACACGGACCCGGAGUGCGGGACGCGGGGGGGGUUCGGUCUGAGCAGGACUACCACAGCGCCUGCACCGUCCGGCUGGUCCGCAGCACCUCCAUGCUCGUGGUGGGAGAGAAAACUCAAGUCGUGAGCUCCACUUUGAAACGCAGCAAAAGCACAGUGAGCAUCGAGUCGACCUUGUACUACUAUCAGAGACAAGAGGACAGGAUUUGGCUCUACUCUCAGAAUCAGAACUGCCUGGAGUACCUGGAAGCACUUGUGGCUUUGAGACGGCAGUACACAAAGAGCGUGAGUGAUUUCAAAAGUAAGGACUCCAAGGCCACAGUGUCCUCCAAGAAGAAGCAUGCACCUCCUCCGCCUACAAAGGAAGGAACGAUAUCACGAGCCAAACCCUCUGCGCCUCCCGUCCCCAACGUGGAGGACUCGCUGCAGUUCUUUGAUGCUGUCAUCGCCGGCUGUGACAGCGAACCUCUGCGAAAAUCGUAUAUGGAUGAUGGACACGCAGAUGUGGACUUCAUAGUGGCCUCCAGCUCUGCCGAACACGACCUCCACUCUAACUGGGUCCUACGGGUUCCUCGGGUCGCGGAUGACUCCAAGCAGAAGGAAGUUCACGUGUGUGCCAAGGAAAGUGUCUCUAAGAAGAAAAACAAGAGCGGGUCGACCAGCAGCAGACUGCGGCUGCAGAGGAACCCGAUCCAUCUGCCCAAAGUGGUGGAGAGCGCAUUCCAGACUCUGCGCUUCAAACCCAAAUUAAAAAAGCAGUGAAGCUUGAUGGACAUUCGAAACCACCGGCACUGCCACUCUGCUGACGAAGAGCUCAACCCAGUUCGUAUGGACCUGCACUAUGCUCUGCUCAAACUCCAUCCGGACAAUUAAAGAGGCCCUAUAGUGCUUUUUGGGGUUUUCCCUUUCCUUUAGUUAUAUAGAUUUGUGUGCAUGUAAAUGGUCUGCGAAGGCUGAAAUCCCACACACUCUGAAAUGCCUCCAUUGUGACAUCUCUACGUAACACUCAAAGCACAAAAUACAAAUAUGAACCUGAAAUUAGCGUAAUAUGUC